CGCUUCCGGUUUUGGUCAUCACCAAACAACACUACAUGUGAUUCUAAGUGAUGCUACUGACAUUAUACUUUUGUGAAUCUGAUAUAUGAUCAGACGGCUGCUCAUUGCAGCUGACGCCUCAAAAUUAACGAGAUUCCUGUCGACUGCAGAUAUGUACGGCCGGGGUAGGGGGCAGAGAAGUGACUCCUGGGGAGGACGCUCAGGCAGAGGGGGGCGAAGUUAUGGAGGCAGGAGGCACGACGAUGAUGGGGACAGGCAUGGCAGGAGGGACCGAGGUCACCAGAGACAUGGCGGCAGAGGCUGGAGGGAUAGCAAUGUGGAUGGCAGCAAUGAUGGUGAUAGUCGUGGCGGCGGCAGUGGCGGCGGUGGUCGGCCCCCUCCUGGUCUUCGAGGUCGAGACAUUGGAAUGUGGUACGCAAGACGAAGCAAGGACAAGAAGGAGAAGCAGGACAGAGAACAGAGGCCAACAGUUGCCAUGGAUUCAAGCAGAGAAAAUCACAUUCGUGACCUCCUUGACAAAAUCAACUCUUCAGAGCCACGUGUAGACAUGUUCGACAACCAACACACAGGGCCAGCUUCACAAUCCAACUCGCUCGACAACAAAGCCUGGGCAUCCAGCUCUCCUCCAGACAUGUUCGACAACCCGUACGGCGAGGCCAGCAGCCGGCCGCAGACUGCAGGGAAAGGAGCAAGUGCAUUCCCCAAAACUAGAGACUUGAGAGACGACAAGGAGGAAGAAGACACAGAAGAGGAAGUGCCGUCCAUGUCGGCCAUUAUAGAAUAUUCAAAGGCAGAGGAUGAAUACCCACUGGCAGAGAGCUCUGUGGAUUUUGAAGGUGCCAAGUAUGCUGAUGAGCCGUGGGAUCAGCUAGGUCAUCUGAGUGACAGUCUCCUGAAGGAGUACAACGAGAAACAGCUGCAGCCCAACUUCCGGAAGAUGAUGACAUUCAGGGAGAAGCUGCCAUCAUUUGAAAUGAGGGAGAAACUGAUGGAUGACAUAAACAACAACCAGGUUGUUGUGAUCAGCGGUGAAACUGGCUGUGGUAAAACAACACAGGUCCCCCAGUUUAUCCUGGACAACUACAUCAAAAAUGGGAUCGGGUCUCAGUGCCGAGUCAUCUGUACACAACCCAGGAGGAUCAGUGCAAUAUCCGUGGCAGAGAGAGUGGCGGCGGAGCGGUGUGAGAGGUGUGGGGGGACAGACAGCAGUGUGGGGUACCAGAUACGUCUCGAAUACAAGUUACCGCGAUUGAAUGGCUCCAUUCUGUACUGCACGACUGGGAUUGUCCUCAAGUUUCUUGAAUCUGAUCCGCUGCUGCAGAGAGCGACCCACAUUGUCCUAGAUGAGAUCCAUGAGCGUGACCUUCAGUCUGACUUCCUCAUGAUCAUUCUCAAGGACAUUCUACCUCGCCGACCUUCACUCAAGGUCAUACUGAUGAGUGCCACACUAAAUGCAGCAAUGUUCUCCAAAUACUUCAAUGACUGCCCUCAGCUGAACAUCCCCGGCUACACAUUCCCUGUGGAGGAGUUCCUGUUGGAGGACGUCAUCGAAAUGCUGAAGUAUCAGCCGGACUCAAGUCAGCCACAGCGUCGGCGACCUCGGGGGAAGCGUAGCCGUGAGGCGGAUGAAGAGCGGUGGAACUUUGAGGCCUGGUGCAGAAACCUGGAGGGGAGCUACUCCCGCUCCACCAUCACCGCCUUGCAGAACAUGGACUUUGACAAGAUCGACUUGGACCUGAUUGUCUCCCUUAUCAGGCACAUUGCUUUAAAAAAGUCGGAGGGAGCGAUCCUGGUGUUUGUCCCUGGCUGGGAGGAGAUCAGCAAAAUCCACAAGAUGAUGCAGGCAGACAGGAUGUUCACCUCAGAUAAGUUUCGCAUCAUCCCACUUCACUCACUCAUGCCAACCGUCAAUCAGAGGGAGGUGUUUGAUAGGCCGGCACCUGGAGUCAGGAAGGUUGUCAUAGCAACCAAUAUUGCUGAAACAAGCAUUACUAUCGACGACGUCGUGUACGUUAUCGACUGCGGCAAGAUCAAGGUGAAGGACUUUCAGCCAGAGAACAACCUCAGCACCCUGGAGGCCAAGUGGGUCUCCAAGGCCAACUCGAAACAGAGGCGUGGCCGAGCGGGCAGAGUUCAGCCCGGUGUGUGCUACCAUCUGUAUACGGGUCUGAAGUGGACGGAGGUCGAUGAUUACCUCCCCCCAGAGAUUCUGCGGACUCGACUUGAGGAACUUUGCCUGCACAUCAAGCUGUUAAAGUUGGGGAAGAUUGAACCGUUCAUAGCUAAGGCUAUCCAACAGCCAUCUAUGGAGGCGCUACACAGGGCCAUCAUCACGCUGCAGAAUUUGAAUGCCUUGGACAAGGAUGAGAACCUGCUUCCUCUCGGCUAUCAUCUGGCGCGUAUGCCGGUCGACCCUCACACGGGGAAGAUGAUCCUGUUCGGCGCCAUGUUCUGCUGUCUGGACCCCAUCCUCACUGUUGCUGCCAGCCUCAGCUUCAAGGACGCCUUCUUUAUACCUCUGGGCAAGGAGGAGGAAGCUGACCGGGCGCGGAAGGCGUUGUCCGAGGAUUCCAAGAGUGACCACGUCAUGCUCAUCAAGGCGUACGAGGGCUGGGAGAGGGCAAAGUCCCGAGGAAACGAUCGAGACUAUUGCUGGCAGAACUUCCUGUCUCCGAGCACAUUGCGGCUGUUGAAGGACAUGAAGGGCCAGUUGGCCCAGCUGUUACUGGAGCUGGGGUUCAUCAAAAACAAGAAUCCGAAAGACCUGGCGGCCAACGUCAAUUCUAAUAACUACGGGCUGGUGAAGGCAGUGCUCUGUGCAGGACUUUAUCCCAAUGUAGCCAAAGUGGCUAAAUGUCCGAGACCAGGGGCACCGCCGUACAAAAUGGUGUCACUCUACACUCGACAUGAAGGCAAAGCCGAUGUACAUCCUAAGUCUGUCAACUCCAGAGAGAAUUUCUUUGAGUCCAAGUGGAUGGUGUUCUACCACAAGUUAAAGACGACAAAGGUGUACGUCCACGACUGCACGAUGGUGUCGCCAUAUCCACUGCUGUUCUUCGGAGGAGACAUUGGUUAUGGGAAGGAUGGGGACCAGGACACUGUGUCUGUAGAUGACUGGAUCGUCUUCAAAGCCUCACCCACCACAGCACAACUAGUCAAGGACCUGCGCCGUGAGUUGGACAAGUUACUGGAGCACAAGAUCACCCACCCAGGACCCACCAGCUGGAGUGAGGCGGAGAAGGAGGGGGCUCUCAUGCGGGCCAUAUCAGACCUCAUCACUACAGAUGAAGAUCAGUUCCAGUCCGGGGCACUGCCAGCACAUUCUACAGACUCUCAGCAUCACAGAAGGAACAGACAUAAACGUUGGUGACGCUUGUUUCAGUUUGUGGAGCUCAAGGUCUUCAUGCUAGGAUGAUUAGGGGAACUGCCAGCACAUUCUACAGACUCUCAGCAUCACAGAAGGUACAGACAUAAACGUUGGUGACGCUUGUUUCAGUUUGUGGAGCUCAAGGUCUUCAUGCUAGGAUGAUUAGGGGAACUGCCAGCACAUUCUACAGACUCUCAGCAUCACAGAAGGAACAGACAUAAACGUUGGUGACGCUUGUUUCAGUUUGUGGAGCUCAAGAUCUUCAUGCUAGGAUGAUUAGGGGAACUGCCAGCACAUUCUACAGACUCUCAGCAUCACAGAAGGAACAGACAUAAACGUUGGUGACGCUUGUUUCAGUUUGUGGAGCUCAAGGUCUUCAUGCUAGGAUGAUUAGGGGAACUGCCAGCACAUUCUACAGACUCUCAGCAUCACAGAAGGAACAGACAUAAACGUUGGUGACGCUUGUUUCAGUUUGUGGAGCUCAAGGUCUUCAUGCUAGGAUGAUUAGGGGAACUGCCAGCACAUUCUACAGACUCUCAGCAUCACAGAAGGAACAGACAUAAACGUUGGUGACGCUUGUUUCAGUUUGUGGAGCUCAAGGUCUUCAUGCUAGGAUGAUUAGGGGAACUGCCAGCACAUUCUACAGACUCUCAGCAUCACAGAAGGAACAGAUAUAAACGUUGGUGACGCUUGUUUCAGUUUGUGGAGCUCAAGAUCUUCAUGCUAGGAUGAUUAGGGGAACUGCCAGCACAUUCUACAGACUCUCAGCAUCACAGAAGGAACAGACAUAAACGUUGGUGACGCUUGUUUCAGUUUGUGGAGCUCAAGGUCUUCAUGCUAGGAUGAUUAGGGGAACUGCCAGCACAUUCUACAGACUCUCAGCAUCACAGAAGGAACAGAUAUAAACGUUGGUGACGCUUGUUUCAGUUUGUGGAGCUCAAGAUCUUCAUGCUAGGAUGAUUAGGGGAACUGCCAGCACAUUCUACAGACUCUCAGCAUCACAGAAGGAACAGACAUAAACGUUGGUGACGCUUGUUUCAGUUUGUGGAGCUCAAGGUCUUCAUGCUAGGAUGAUUAGGGGCACUGCCAGCACAUUCUACAGACUCUCAGCAUCACAGAAGGAACAGACAUAAACGUUGGUGACGCUUGUUUCAGUUUGUGGAGCUCAAGGUCUUCAUGCUAGGAUGAUUAGGGGCACUGCCAGCACAUUCUACAGACUCUCAGCAUCACAGAAGGAACAGACAUAAACGUUGGUGACGCUUGUUUCAGUUUGUGGAGCUCAAGGUCUUCAUGCUAGGAUGAUUAGGGGAACUGCCAGCACAUUCUACAGACUCUCAGCAUCACAGAAGGAACAGACAUAAACGUUGGUGACGCUUGUUUCAGUUUGUGGAGCUCAAGGUCUUCAUUCUA